UGUUAUAUAGAAGGCAAGGAAAAUGGCAGUUAGAGUUUUUCACAAUCAUCUCGAAGUUUCGAACCCACGGCGUUGACGAAGAUAUAAAUCAGACACAUCCUCAGGUGUUAAAGAGUGCUAUUCUUCACUGCGGAGAAAAUGAUUACGUGCAGUGUAGGAAAAUUUACGAUCGGAAUGUCGAAAUUGGUCACACUUCUUGUUAGUUUAGCAACAUUUUGCAGUUUGGCGUGUGCAUACAAUUAUAAUAAGUCAUUCAUCGGGGGAUUUGCGUGGGCAACAGCCAAAGAUGUGGAAGCUCUGGAGAAGGAAAUGGAAAUGAAGGAACAGAAGCGUACAGUAGAAAAUUCAUUCUCUUCUCUCGAUAACAUGUUGCAGUGGGCGAUCGGCCAUUCUGAUCCAGGGAAGUUAAGGGUGACUGCACAGGAAAUUCAGAAGUUAAGUUCAAAAGAGCUGGAGAGGCGUCGAGAAGAAAUAAAGGAGUUAAUGGAAAAGUUGCGGAUGCCAUCUGAUGCAGAGCUUAUGAAGAUAGCAAUUGCAGAUCUCAAUAAUUCUUCUUUGUCUGUGGAUGAUCACCACUGAGCUCUACAUGAACUUCUUGUUCUUGUAGAACCCAUUGACAAUGCAAAUGACUUGAACAAACUUGGAGGCCUUUCUGCUAUUGUUAGAGAGCUUUAUAGAGAAGAGGAAGAAUUACGUACAACUGCUGCAUGGGUUCUUGGGAAAGCUAGUCAAAAUAACCCUGUUGUUCAGAAACAGAUUCUUGAGAUAGGUGUUUUGCCUAAACUAGUAAGGAUGGUACAAUCUAGCGGUUCUGAGGAAGCAGUUAAGGCUUUAUAUGCAGUUUCUGCUGUGAUUAGAAACAAUCCUGAUGGUCAAGCAGUGUUUUCUAUGGAAGGUGGAGGUUUGAUGCUACAGGAACUCAUGCGUAAUUCCAGCUGUGAUAUAAGAUUGCGUAAGAAAUCUUUAUUUUUGGUGGCCGACUUAGCAGAACAUGGGUUGGAAACUGCCGGUUCGGUUUCCUCUUUUCAAGCUGAUGCAGAAUAUCUGAAAUCAGUGGUGGAUCUCUUAGUGCUACCUGAUCUGGAUAUGCAAGAAAAGGCAUUGAUGGCGCUUAGAAGUCUUCUGCAACUGAAUAACACAUACGCUCAAAUUUUUAGAGAUUAUUGCCACCUUGAGUCUGUGUUGAAGAAUCUUGGACAGCAUCUUCAAGAGUUGAUGUUAGAUCAUCGGUGGGGAGAUUUUGCAACAGAUGUGGAAGCUCUCCGUCAAGAAGUGGUGUCAAUCUUCCUUGGAAAAAUAGAAUUAACAACAUAAGGCUUCUGGGUCUCUAUACUUUUCAUGUUAUAGUUUUCAUGACUAUGCAAAUGCAUAGCAAGAAAAUGCAUUUGCCAGAUAGGUAGUUGAGUCGCAUUGUAUAUGAAGGAUAUUCCCAAGGUAUAAUUAACAGAUGCUCUUUGACUUCAUUGAAUUUCAAAGUAACCUCCAUCUGAAAUUGUAUAUUGAUAAAAAGUGAAGCUCAAUAACUACAGGCUGUAUUUUUGCAGUUACAUGUUAUCUCCUUGGGGGCACCUGAAGACUCAUAUACAUCUACAGACAACUUUGUUGCUCUUUCUAUUGAAAAUGAUAUAAUCAUGUGAAUAUCAAGAGAUUCGAUGAUUAA